AUGUUCGGGUUCAGGAAGGUGGACCCGGACCUCGAGGCCGGCGGGUCCUCGCUGCUGUACCCGGGGAUGACGGAGAGCCCCGAGCUGCGGUGGGCGUUCGUCCGCAAGAUCUACGUCAUCCUCGCCGUCCAGCUCGCCAUGACGGCCGCCGUCUCCGGCUUCGUCGUCAAGGUGCCCGCCGUCUCCAACUUCUUCGUCUCCUCCAACGCCGGGAUGGCGCUCUACAUCUUCCUAAUCAUCCUGCCCUUCAUCGUGCUGUGCCCUCUGCACUACUACCACCAGAAGCAUCCGGUCAAUCUGCUGCUGCUCGGCCUCUUCACCGUCGCCAUCAGCUUCGCCGUCGGCAUGACAUGCGCAUUCACCAGCGGAAAAAUCAUUUUGGAGGCUGCCAUUCUUACAGCAGUGGUGGUGGUUAGCUUAACUGCUUACACUUUCUGGGCUGCAAAGAGGGGCCAUGACUUCAACUUCCUUGGUCCCUUCCUAUUUUCUGCUAUCAUGGUGCUCAUGGUGUUUUCACUAAUUCAGAUCUUUUUCCCACUGGGCAAGGUAUCUGUGAUGAUAUAUGGUGGGUUGGCGUCACUUAUCUUCUGUGGAUACAUCAUCUAUGACACGGACAAUAUCAUCAAGCGCUACACCUACGAUGAAUACAUAUGGGCCGCUGUUUCACUCUACCUUGACGUCAUCAACCUGUUCCUGUCUCUGCUGCAGCUGCUGAGAGCAGCCGAUUGCUGA